CUCCCUACCACUUCCUCAUCUCCCCCAUCCACCAUGUCCUCCGCUCAGAAGCGCGACGCCUUCCUCGCCGUGUGGCCGAGCCUCGCCACCGAGCUCGUCGACUACCUCCGUGGCGAGGGCAUGCCCAAGGACGCCGUCGACUGGUUCCAGCGGAGCCUCGACUACAACACGCCCGGUGGCAAGCUCAACCGCGGCAUCUCGGUCGUCGACACGGUCGAGAUCCUCAAGGGCGCGAGCCUCACCGACGACGAGUACAAGCGCGCCGCCAUCCUCGGCUGGUGCAUCGAGCUGCUCCAGGCCUACUUCCUCGUCGCCGAUGACAUGAUGGACCAGAGCAUCACCCGCCGGGGUCAGCCGUGCUGGUACCGCGUCGACGGCGUCGGCAACAUUGCGAUCAACGACGCCUUCAUGCUCGAGGCCGCCAUCUACUACCUCCUCAAGAAGCACUUCCGGCAAGAGAAGUACUACGUCGACCUCCUCGAGCUGUUCCACGAGGUCACGUUCCAGACCGAGCUCGGCCAGCUCAUCGACCUCAUCACGGCGCCCGAGGACUCGGUCGACCUGAGCAAGUUCUCGCUCGACAAGCACCACCUCAUCGUCGUGUACAAGACGGCGUACUACUCGUUCUACCUCCCUGUCGCGCUCGCGCUCCACAUGGCCGGCGUCACGUCCGAGUCGGCGUUCAAGCAGUCGCUCGACAUCCUCGUCCCCAUGGGCGAGUACUUCCAGGUCCAGGACGACUACCUCGACUGCUACGGCACGCCCGAGCAGAUUGGCAAGAUCGGGACCGACAUCCUCGACAACAAGUGCUCGUGGCUCGUCAACCUCGCCCUCAAGAAGGCCAACCCGGAGCAGCGCAAGGUCCUCGACGAGAACUACGGCGUCAAGAACUCGGAGAGCGAGGCGCGCGUCAAGGCCGUCUACCGCGAGCUCGAGCUCGCGCGCGAGUUUGAGGAGUACGAGCACGACUCGUACACGCGCAUCAACGGCCUCAUCGACGCCAUCCCGGCCGAGGGCAGCGCCGACGGCCUCAAGCGCGAGGUGUACCAGAGCUUCCUCGCAAAGGUGUACAAGCGCCAGAAGUGAGCGGCCGAGGAGCGUGCGACGGGCGAGGGUGCGAGAGCGAGGACGAGUCGUAGAGAGCGGCGCCGCAGCGCAGGGGCGCACGCCGCCUCAGCAUUAUCCAGUGCCAGGGCGCAGCAAUGAUGAUACCCUCCUUCUUCUGCGG